AUGCCUGCCACGAACCAGUCUACACAGCCUAGCGCAAACCUCAUCAAUGUCUGUUUCCCAGACGAAAUCCUCAUGGAAGUCAUGAAGAUUGCGUCUGACAAUGAUCCUCCAACACCCCCAAAGCGCCCUUGGAAUUCGAGUUCGACUGAACAUCAAGUCGAGGCGCCCACUGAAGAAGAUCCAUAUCUCCCUCCUUCAUGGACUCUUCACCCCUCUUUGGCGCCGGCAAACUUGCUCUCCCCCGGUUGUGGUUACCUAGGAAGCGCCAUCAUUGCGAGCCAGGUCUGCCAUCGCUGGAGAGAGCUGGCCCUUGAUCAUGCAGCCCUGUGGGCAAACUGCAUCGGGCUCCUUCCUGAGCAGAUGGACGAGAUGGUCCUUCGCUGCAAAUCCCAUCCUCUGAGCGUGGUGCUCUACGGCUCAGCCGAGCGUCCUCACACAGACAUUGUACUCCAGUACUUGAUGGAGCACAAGAAGGUGUCUUGUCGCGUUCGAUCUCUUACCUGGUACGAGACUCGCCGAAGCCACUUUCGCGAGCAUUAUUACACCUCCGAAACGCCGGGAUUUCUUGCUCGCUGCGAUCUGAGUGGUCUGCUCCAUCUGAACGUGUUCGCAUCCGAGUACGAUGAGCGUGGCCAGGCAGUUGCCGGUCUCACCCCUGUCGAUCUUACUUGGUAUUCAACUCAGUUCGCCAGACUCAGUCUGCCAUCAUUGGUCUCGGCCGACAUCUGCGAUGUAUCAUUCAUGUUUUGCGAUCUUCGCAACCUUACCAAACUGUCCUGGCGUUGGCUUGAAGACCCAGAGACCUUGGGCAUGAAUGAGAAUUCUAUGCACUUAGGACUCCUCGUAACCUGUCUUCGCGAAUACCAGGCAACCCUCGAGGAACUUACGCUGGAGAGCGGGACAUAUGAUAGAGACUAUCCAAACCUGAUCGACCUCCUGGAAACUCCAGACAAUCAGACCGACGGUCAUUUCAAACGGUUACAUUUCCGACGCCUACGCAAAUUGGCAAUCCGCGAAAGAUUGUGGCAACCAGAACUGGUCCCCGUCGGCGACACUCGCCCUGACGAGCCCUAUGCCCUGCCUGUACCCCUCAUAUACAGUACGGAGGCCCCAAUGAUGACAUUCUUUUCGCUCAUCACAUAUCCUCAAAACUGCCAACUAGUCCUCGAUAUCCGGUGCGAAACUGUUGGGUCAUGCGAGUGCGUGAAUGUGCUCUUCCCUCGGCUGUACGCCGCAGGCUCGCCGUAUUGGGAUGCGGCGCAUGUCACAUUCGAUGCUGCCCCUCUCAACGUGCAACUCUUGCUGUAUCAAAUUCCGGAAGACCUUGAGUGCGAAGUGCCCUACGGGAUGCCGCCAAUGGGAGCAAAUGCAUGGAUGGAUGCCAUUUUUGGACCAUACACAUCAGAUGCCGAUGUUCAGCUCCCUCAUCCGCCAGCAGCAAUCGACAUCACAAUCUACAGUCGUCAUUUGGAUCCCGUGACAGUGAUGACAACUGUAUUCGGUGACCAUGAUCUUCCAGUUUUGGCAGUGAGAAGUCCCUUUAGCAAGGAUUUCACGGACUUGCUGGGACACUGGGAAACAGAAGAGGCUAUCCCAUGGUACACUCGCUGGGAAGAUUCAGAACCUACGGCAUCCCAAUCAACGGAAUCUGGUGAUGGGUCAGGUGACGAAAGCAGUAAUGAGGAUGUGCGGGAACGACAGGCAGAGGAGGAAUGA